CGACCGCCAUCUUCCCAAACGCCAAAAUCUAAAAAUUGGGAAAAAUAAAUUUAUUUAUUUAGCUUUUUUCACCUUUUUCAAGGGAGCAAGAUGUCUAUGGAGCGUCUAGCACUAGCUAGACUACCUCCUAUUGGGAGCAACCCAAAGCCAAUCGCUAGUAUAUCAGCAAAAAAUGCAAAGUUUGAAGGUCUGACAGGAGCACCCUAUCAACUGACGGGAUAUGCUCCAAAACAUCCCUUACCACCACCAAACACAUUGAAGCCCUACAAUGAUACUAAGGCAGGAACAGUUGAAACAUGGCCAGCCCAUGCGACAGGACAAAUAUCAUCAGGAACCUCAGUUACCCUGACGAAGAACAAAUCCCUUGUAGUAUAUAAUGAGGAAGACAUGGGUAAACCGCAGAUUGUUCCUAAGCCAAGAUUUCUAGAUCAACUAGAGUCUUUCUUGAAGAAGGAGCUACGAUCUCUUGGGGUGACAGAAGUUGGCCCAAGUGAGUUAAGAUUACAGGCGCAUCGAGAAGUGUUUGAAUACCUCAUUGAAGAUUUCAAGACUUACAAGCCCCUACUAUCUUCCAUCAAGAACGAGUACGAGAUGAUGUUGGCGUAUCAGAGGGAAGUCAUUCGCCAGAUGGACCCACUCAGACAGAUGUUGGUUACUGUCUCUGAGCAGUGUGAUCAGAAGAUUAUGACGUUGCGAGAACAAGAGAAACAAGAAAUUGUGGAUCUCAAAAAGGAAAACAGCGGCCUUUACAAGAAAAUCUCUGACCUGAAGAAUGAAAUGAAGGAUCUUGAGACGACUGUGGAUAAAUUAAAAGAUGAACUUUCUGCCGAGUAUUUAAAGUAUCGAGACGAAUGUGAUGCUAGGAAACUUCUUGUGUCUGACAUCAACGAUCUCAGAUACCAACAAGAGGACAUUGCGUUAUCGAAACAAGGCAUGAAGGAUUUGGAUGAAGAAGAAGUGGACCCUGUUAUGCUUAAAAUUGCCUUGAAGAAAGCUCGCGAGGAUGAAGCAGGAGCAUCCAUCCGAUUAAACAAUAUGAUAGCUAAUUACAGCGAUGUCAUCCCACGCAGAGAUUAUGAACAACUUGAGGCAAAAUAUACGCAAUUAGAAGAAUCAUUAAAGACAUCAGAAAGUGACAUGGCAAAGUUACAAGCUGAGCAUGAGACAUUGCUUGAUGUCAACAAACAGGUCAUAAGUCAAAGAGAUGAAUAUUACACUGAAUGUGAAACUCUUCGAAGAAGUGCAACGCCAAGGCCAGAGUGGGACAAGUGCGCUGAGUUUAUCCAGGGAGGAAUCGGACGGUGGAAGGAGCUCUCCGAGGGUAAAACUAGUGAUGAAAAGGUUGAAGCUCUACUCAAUGAGAUUGCUGGAGGGAACGUCGGUGAUGUGGGAGGGUCAGAAUUCUUUGAUGGCAAGGGUUCUGACGAGUCUGUGCCGAAGCAUCUUCAGUAUGAGGGCAAAGUGCGGAAUCGUCGCCUUGGAAAGCGUGACUGUGCUCUUCUCAUUAAGGACAUCUGGAAGGAGAAGGCAGCAGCCGACAAAGAGAGAGAAGAUGGCAGUAAACAACCAAUGCCAUCAUUCUUGUUCGAAUAUCUGCAGAAGAGGUUUGGCAUUGAGCAGAUGAUCGUAGAGUGGGCAUACAAUCUCCAGGAUGCAAGUGAGAAGUACUCGCACGACGAGCGGAUGGGGACAUUCUUUGGUGUCGUAAAUGGUUCAAUUGAUGAGGAAUUGUACCAUUCCCAGUACCAGGCGAUUGCCAAAUUGGUUGGACAUCUGCAGAAGCUCAAUCAGGAGAAGGGGACGGAGGGACAGAUCCCCAAGGAGGACUUCAAGGCUGCUUUGAUCGAGUUCUUUGAGAAGGAGGAGGAUGCAGUGGUGCCAAUGAUGAGAGCUGCAGAGCAAGAGUUGGAGGCCAAGGAUGUGGAGGCCUUGGAGUUCCAGAAUCUAUUCAUGGAGGAUGAUGAAGGAAAGACAGGUGCAUUCCUCGACGAAGUGAAGAAAUUAUUGAAGCAGAAUCGGCUUGACUAUGUGGAAGAAAUUAAACAAGAGAUGGUCGGUUUGAACCCUGAAAAGAUUGAGGUGAGUGACCUGCGGAAAGCCAUAACUGUGAUUGACCCCGAGAUAAGCCAGGAGCAAAUGGACCCCUACCUUUGCUGGGUAUUCGGGGUAACGAAGGAGGGAUUAGAGGAGGCCGCACCAGCCGAAUUAUCACGCAUCGUUGAGCGGUUACAAAAUGGCAACAUCUAUAGAAUUGGCAAAAAGCCUUAGACUGUGAUAAAGUUUUGUGAACAUUUUAUGAAAAGUUGUUGAGCUAUGUUGAUAUGCAAUCUUUCUAUGUGGCUAGGGACAUGACAGUUUGAUGGUUGAGAGCCUUCCUAAAAAAACAA